UUGUGCCGGUCGUAUAAAAGGUGCGCUCGACUGGGGCAGCUACAGUCUCUCUCUCGAUUCGGACAAAACACCACAGCUCCUCUCACCGUAGACAUGAAGCUGAUUGCGCUGUUCGCCGUUGUGGCCGCGGCUGUUGCCGCCCCUCAGGACCAGCCUCAGGUCAACAUCAUCAGCCAGACCUUCGAACAGGACGAGCAGGGCAACUACAAGUACGCUUACGAGCUGGACAACGGACAGAGGGCGGACCAGGAGGGCCGAGUUCAGCCCGGCCCGGAGCCCGAGACGGGAUCCAUCGACGUCCAGGGCUCCUACGCCUUCCUCGCCGACGACGGCAACACCUACUCGGUGUCGUACCGGGCCAACGAGGGUGGCUAUCAGCCUGAGGCCGACUUCCUGCCGGUGGCUCCUUCCCAGAUCCCCGAGUACGCGCAGCUGCGCCAGGAGCACCCGGAGCUCUUCUGGGCCGAGACCCAGCAGUAAAACUGCACUUGAUUGUGAGCAUCGUUCAGCAUCGUCCUUUGACCAUCUUAUGUGAUAUUAUUGUGAAUUAUGUGUGACCAAGCGUUCAGCACAUUCUGAAGAAAGAUGUGCUUGUUGUGAACAAAGUGUUCCAUUGUCGCACAUGUAUGCCUUGCUCAGAUGGCUUGUUGUUAGCAGUUUGUUCGUGGUGCCCAUUUGCAUGUUCAAAUAAUAUUUUACUUCAUA